CAUUUUAAUUUUAUUUCAAAAGAAGAAAAUCAAUGGAGAAACAAACACAAACUAUAAAUAUAGCUUCUUCAAUUCCUCCCCUCUUUGAUAUCCAAUUUUCUCAUUUUUUUCUUUUCUAUUUGUGGAGAUACCUCGGUGAUCAAUUCAAUUCCCUCAAAUUCCCUAAUUUUCAAUUUCCCCGAGGCAAUCCACAAAUCGAUUGAAAUUUAGGGUUUUGGAAAGGAAAAAAAUGAGGGUGAUGUCGACACAGAUAAUGCCGGCGUGUGAUUCUCUGUGUUACUUUUGUCCGGCAUUGCGUACUAGAUCACGGCAGCCUAUUAAGCGUUACAAGAAGUUGCUUGCUGAUAUCUUUCCCAAGACUCCGGAGGAGCAACUUAAUGACAGAAAGAUCAGUAAACUCUGUGAAUAUGCUGCUAAAAAUCCUCUCCGCAUUCCAAAGAUAACAAGUUCUCUUGAGCAAAGAUGUUACAAGGAUUUGAGAAAUGAGCAGUUUCAAUCUGUAAAAAUUGUUAUGUAUAUCUACAGGAAGUUGUUGGUUUCAUGUAAGGAGCAAAUGCUAUUAUUCGCGAGUAGCUUGCUUAGCAUCAUACACAUUCUACUAGAUCAAACACGGCAUGAUGAUAUACGCAUAUUGGGAUGCCAAACUCUUUUUGACUUUGUCAAUAAUCAGAGAGAUGGUACCUAUGUGUUCAACUUAGACGGCUUAAUUCCAAAACUUUGUGGCUUAGUUCAGGAAAUAGGGAGUGAGGGAAGGGUAGAACAAUUAUGUACUGCUGGGCUUCAGACUCUGUCAUCAAUGGUCUGGUUCAUGGGUGAAUUUUCGCAUAUUUCUGCAGAUUUUGAUACUGUGGUUUCGGUUGUCUUGGACAAUUAUGGAUGUCAGGCUAAAAAUUCAGAAGUCGAUGGUUUCCAGAAUGAAUGUGUUCAAGAAGUUUCCUCUUCAAUAGAGACCUUGAGUAGGAUACCUUCUUGGAGGAGGAUUGUUAGCGAGCAAGGAGAAGUCAACGUAUCUCUGGAGGAUUCCAGGAAUCCCACGUUUUGGUCAAGAGUCUGCCUGCAUAACAUGGCACAGUUGGCAAAAGAAGCUACAACUGUUCGACGUGUGCUUGAGUCAUUGUUUCGCUAUUUUGAUGAUAGUGACCUCUGGUCUCCUCAAUAUGGUCCUGCUCUUCCAGUCUUGUUGGAUAUGCAGUUGAUAAUAGAGAAAUCAGGACAAAAGACACACUUCGUUUUGUCCAUCUUAAUUAAGCAUCUUGAUCACAAGAAUGUUCUUAAGAAGCCCAAUAUGCAACUACACAUUAUUGGUGUUGCUGCACGUCUUGCUCAGAAGACGAGGACUCAACCAUCUGUAGCUAUUAUUGGUGCAUUGAGCGAUAUGAUGAGACACAUGCGCAAAAGCAUUCACUGUUCCCUUGAUGACUCAGAUCUGGGGACUGAAAUAAUUGAAUGGAACCAAAACUUUCGGGCAACAGUUGACGAGUGCCUUGUGCAGAUAUCUUAUAAGGUUGGAGAUGCUGAUCCUAUUCUUGAUGUGAUGGCUAUGAUGUUGGAGAAUAUGCCAAGUAUUACCGUUAUGGCCAGAACCUUAGUAUCUGCUGUUUACCGUACUGCUCAGAUAGUAGCAUCUCUUCCGAAGCUGUCCUAUCAAAACAAGGCUUUCCCAGAAGCAUUAUUUCAUCAGUUACUUCUGGCUAUGGUUCAUGAAGACCAUGAAACUAGGGUUGGUGCACACCGUAUAUUUUCAAUUGUUCUAGUUCCAUCUUCUGUGUGCCCCCGACCUGCUGCUGCUGCUUUCAUCUCCAAUAAGUAUACCAAUAUGCAAAGGCUGCUGUCAAGAAGCGUGUCUGUGUUUUCUUCUUCAGCUGCUCUCUUUGAGAAGUUGAAAAUGGAAGAGCAUCCCUCACAAAAACAUAAUUGGGAGGAAAUGGACAAAUCAGUGGAUUUUGAGGAAUCUAUGAAGAAUAAUCCUUCUGUACUAGAUAGAUUGAAGUCAAGUUACAGCAGAGCUUAUACUGUAAAAAGGCAUGCCACAGCUGUCAUACCAGAAGAAAUGACCAUGAACAACUUGGGUAAAAACCAGAAACAAUUGCAGGUAAUAUCUCUUAGGUUGAGCAGUCGCCAGAUUACCCUUCUGCUUUCAUCUAUUUGGGCACAAUCGCUAUCUCCAUUGAACAGUCCUGAAAAUUAUGAAGCAAUUGCUCAUACCUACAGCUUGGUGUUGAUAUUUGCCCGGACCAAGAACUCCAGCAAUGAGACUUUGAUUCGAAGUCUUCAGCUAGCACUUUCCUUGAGAUGCUUUGCUCUUGGAGGAGGGCCAUUACAGCCAUCACACCGCCGAUCCCUCUUUACUUUGGCUACAUCUAUGAUAUUAUUUGCCUCUAAGGCCUUCAACUUUCCCCCUCUUAUUCCAUAUGUUAGAGCUACAAUUACAGAUAAAACAGCGGAUCCAUUUUUGCAAUUGAUCGAUGAGUGCAAGUUACAGGCAGUUGACAACCAACCGGACCAUGUGAGAAAAAGUUAUGGAUCGAAAGAAGAUAAUGAAGAGGCUUUGAAGUCACUUGCAGCAAUACAAGAGUCAGAGCCCCAAUCAAAAGAAUCAUUUGCCACAACGAUAGCAAAGUUUAUUGGAACAUCAUCAGAUCAGUCUGCCAUCAAAGAACAGUUACUAAAAACUUUUGUGCCAGAUGAUGAAUGUCCGCUGGGAGCUGAUUUAUUUAUGGAAAUUCCAGAACAAAUGUCUGGCACAAUGUCAGAAGAGAAUUGUUCUGACAAGGUUGAGCCGCCACUUUUCUCGUUAGAUGAUGGUAUAUUACCUAAUACAUCUGAAGGUCAAGUAUAUCACAGUAUAGAUCUUGAUGUAGAAUUAGAUGCAUCAGGAUCUCCUGGACUUCUGAGCAUCGGUGAACUUCUUACUGCAGUUUCAGAAACAACAAAUCAAGUUAGGAGAUUUUCAGUCUCCAGCCCGCCUGACUUGCCUUACAUUGAAAUGGCUGGCCACUGUGAGGCUCUUUCAGCGGGAAAACAGAAAACAAUGUCUGCUUUAUUAAGUUCUCAACAAAGACAAGAAGGUGCAACUAGAAUUUUUGCUGAUGAGAGCAAUCAAGCAAAGCAGUCGUCACCAAAUACUCGCUUGCAGCAGAAUGGAAACCCAUUCCUUGACCAAGAUGUUGGUUCUAGUUCACAUAUUCCGUCUACUACCAACGUUCCAUUGCUUUGUGCAACUGAAUACCAGCAUCAUCAAUCCUUCCAGUUACCAUCAUCCAGCCCCUAUGAUAAUUUUCUGAAGGCCGCUGGCUGCUGAGGCUGCAAAGAUGAGGUCUAUAUUUUGUAGUGGAGUCAGGAAGGAAACUUGAGCCGCGUUAAUAGAAGUAAGAAAGGCUUUGUUACUUCAUGUUGGUGCUGUUUAUUAAAAUCCUAGCUUAUAGGUUUCAGCUAUCGAUGCAGUAGAAAUUCAGCAUUACCAAAAUGCAAAAUUCAGCUAGACUUUAGAAAUGGAGCUCAAAAUCGAUGGAGGAACUAAGAAAGAGACUUCGGGAGGUAACUGGGGAGACAAAAGGAUGAAUUAUUGAUCAUGCCGCGUCGGAAAUGUUGUACUCGGUGGAUAAGUCGUGUCAUCAUUUCAGUUAAGUUAUUGGUUUGAACAUCUAAAUCCCCAUUCAUUUAUUCUUUGAUCUUUACCCCAUUCUUUGCAGGGGAAGUUUUUCCUUGUUUCCUCCCCUUAGAUUUUAACUUGUAUAUUUACCUAGUUUUUUUUGUGUAGUCUUAAUAUAUGCUCCUCCAAAUGUUACCUGCAUUGCUUGCUGUAGUUAUGAUUGUCUGUAAAUGGGAUACAUAUUUUUUAUUAAUUCUCCUUGUAGAUA